UGUAGUACAGUUUGUUCUCACUGCGGAGCUUUUCUCACCUUGGUGCCGCAGUACCAGAUGUUCACCUCUCGUUUCAGUUUCGGUCGCUCCAGCAGUCAUUGUCAGAGAUGCUGUGGGCUCGGGAGAGACUGCGUGUAGCUGCCGGGCAGUUAAUACACACUGACAAAACGAUGCAAACAGCUCCCAGAACACUGUAAAAAGGCAUGUUACAUUUGACCUGCCCGCUGCUAUGCUAAAGUUAGCUACUGACCGUUAGCUCAGCUGUAACUGACUGGCAGAGAGCCGCCCAAUAAAGUUAAAGCAGCCGUUAAAACAAAACUUCAUGAAAAGACAAUAAAACAAUACAACCAGUGUUAAGUACCGACACAGUUUAACAGUCGCAGUAUUUGGGAAAACUUCUCGACGUUCAUGCGGACUUCAUCUCCAGUUUCGCCGUUUGGACAGUGUUAACGGUAGAAACAGUGGCCGGUGCUGCUGCAGUCUCUUCAGUCAACAAUGAUACUGUCCAGCACUACACGCCUGUUCGGAAGAGGAAAAACUUUGCUUCGUGAUCCGUUCAAGAGGAUUUGCGUAAACAUGUCGUCCUCCUCUCUCUCGGGUAACAGACUGCGGGUUCUGGUUGACAUGGACGGGGUCCUGGCGGACUUCGAGGGGGGUUUCUUGAAGAAGUACCGGGCCAGGUACCCUGACGAGCCCUACAUCACCCUGGAUGACAGGAGAGGGUUUUGGGUGUCAACGCAGUAUGGGAAGCUGAGGAGUGACCUGAGCGAAAAAGCCAUCAGUAUCUGGCAAUCCAAAGGUUUCUUCAUGGAGCUGGAGCCCCUGCCAGGAGGAGUGGAGGCAGUCAAGGAGAUGGCCAAGAUGGAUAACACAGAUGUCUUUAUAUGUACCAGCCCAAUAAAGCACUACAAACACUGCCCGUAUGAGAAGUACGCUUGGGUAGAGAAGCAUUUGGGCCAUGACUUUCUGGAGCAGGUCAUCCUGACCCGGGACAAGACAGUAGUCUCCGGAGACAUCCUCAUAGACGACAAGCCCGACAUUCUAGGUGUGGAGCUCCAACCAACUUGGGAGCACAUCCUGUUCACCGCCUGCCACAACAAGCAUCUACCCAUCAGCCCCUCCCAGAGGCGACUCCUGUCUUGGUCGGACGACUGGAGGGCCAUCCUGGACAGCAAGAGGCAGUGAACGCCCUCUUCCACGCAAGAGCCCAGCGGCUCCGCUUCCUGGUUAGGGGACGUUUCUCUUGGGUGACCACCGCAGCACCGAUAUCAUCACCACACCGCUGGGGGUCGAGGCCUGGAGCGGUCGCUGUCUUGCAGAGGCGUUGCCAUACUCCUGAGAAAGGAAGGUAAAUAGAGGUUCGAUGUUGUACACGAAAGCAGACACUCAUUGAACUGUGUUGGGAGAUGACAUUAACUCGUUUGUCCACAAGGGGGCGCUACGAGACCGGGUGUGAUCCACAUUUUAACCUCUUUGACUGAGAUAACUGUGACACGAAAACAAAGGACAAAACGCCUCAAAGUGGAUCCAUGUGAAGUAAAGGAGCAGAUUUGAACGUGUCUGCUUCCUGUGCGUUUUAUUUGGGUUCCCAAUGUGGAACGUUUCCGUUCAAAAAUAACUAAUAUCAGCCACUGGAGCGUUUUCUCCGUGGUCCUCUUCACAAAAGGCUUAUCAAUAGUUCUCAGUGCUGUGUUGCAUUAAUGAGUCAUUCACUCACAACAACAAAGCACGCCACUACACACUGAAAUUUCUAAUUUAAAUAAACAGUCUCCACGAGCCGUUAGUAGCAUCGCGCAUGUGCAAUACAUAAACAUAGGAAAGUGACCUCGACUUACAAACUCUACAACUGUUUAUUUUUAACUCCUUA